AUGUCACAGCAAUACCAAGAUAUGUACCAGGACUUCGCGUCUAACCGCUCACCUGUCAGUGGACGAUAUAAUGGCCUUGGUCUGAAUCGCCAGCCUUCGCGGCAGUUCGAGAACUACGGGGCGCAACUACCCCAGGGCCUCUACGGCCAAGAGGACCACGCAGCAACGCGCUACGACAGCACUCCCAGAUUUGACAGGAUGCCUUCCGCGACACUCCAUUCGAAUUACUCCUAUGACAACCAGACUUGGAACUAUGGCGGGGGCAACAUGAACGGUGGUAUGAACGGUAUUAACGGUAUCAACACCAUGGGUGGAACGGGCCGCGUCAAGCCCUCCACUCGUCGCACGGGACUGCCUUCUAACUGGCUCGACUCGCAGAUGGGCUCGAUGCAAAAUGCUGGCAUGCACCAACAAAUGAACGGGAUGAAUGGACAAUACAACCAGUCACACAUGCAAUCCCAUCCUCGAAUCUCACCCCCUCCAAACGACCAUGACGAGCUUAUCCCGACCGCAAUAGUCAUCAAGAACAUCCCGUUCGCUGUAAAAAAAGAAUCUCUAGUGGCUCUCAUGACAGAGAUGAACCUCCCACUCCCCUAUGCUUUCAACUACCACUUUGAUAAUGGCGUCUUCAGGGGAUUGGCAUUUGCGAACUUCACCACCGCCGAAGAGACUUCAACAGUUAUCGAAGCUAUGAAUCAUAUGGACCUUCAGGGGAGGAAGCUGAGGGUCGAAUACAAGAAGAUGCUGCCAGCUGCUGAACGAGAAAGGAUUGAGCGGGACAAGAGAGAGAGGCGUGGGCAAUUGGAAGAACAACAUCGGCCGAUUACUAGUGGCGCCCCUCCGCUUCAUUCUCAAACAUCAGUGAAUUCUUUACACUCCAAUACCAUUUCCGCAUCACCAUCGCCAGUCCAAUUCCGUGGCAAGAUUGAUGUCGACAUGAACGACCCAACGACUCUCAGUUACUACAGCGACCUCAUGCUGUUCAAGAACGACUCAAACCGCGAGAUCUUCGUCUUCCCGAGUACCCUCUCACCAGCCGACCGGCGCACAAUCCAUACCCUAGCCCACAACAUGGGUCUUGAGCACCGAUCUGAGGGUGUUGGUGACGGUCGUUGUGUCCAAAUUUUCAAGACCAGACAGAGCGCCAUCAGCCCCCCGGUGCCCCAGCUGCCCUCGAGCUAUUACAAUGAAUCCCGCCGGGGGUUGAAUCGUGCUGCGACAAUCGACUUCAGCGAAUCUCGGGCCAAUGAUUCCAGCUAUUACAACCACACGCUCGGUCGUCAAGGUUCUGGUCUUCUUGACAUCCCAGGAUCUCCUGGGUUGGGUCUUAGCGCGGCUCAUAAUCUUCGUGCCGCCAAAUCAUUCGCUGACUUGCGUUCGUACACACCUUCACCUGCACAAUCUGUUGCUAGUUAUCCGGCCAACCCUUCCCAAAAUAUUUCAAGAUAUGCUGACUACGGUCACUCGUCUGCAGCCUCCGGAACCCCGAAUCUGACCCCUACGUCUGCUGGUGGUCCAAUGAAUAACCGAGACGAAGCCUUCCUCCUGAACGGCCUCAGCAACAUGACCAUUGGGUUUGAUCGCCCAAGUGCGAACCGGCCGAAUGGACGCAUUGGGCAAGAGAGAGAAGUUCACACUUCCAGCACCGGCCCUAUCGGUAGCCAACGCCCGGUAAAUGGGAAUAACUAUGACGAGAACCCCCGGAACGGUGCCUCAGCAGUGCCAGAGCGUCAACCCCGUGGACCCGUCAGUGAUUGGGGAUCGGGGUUUUCAAGACCCCGGCAGAAUGGACACCGCAACCAAGGAAGUGGUGAGCUUGAUCUGAAAAGCAUCGAACGGGGAUGGGAUGAUAACAGAGCUUAA